AUGCUCACCAAAUCAUUCGUCUUCAUCGCCUUGAGCAUUAUUUCUAUUGGCUUCGUACUCUCUGGACAAGCAAAUCCUCUGCCUGACAAUAAUUCUCCCCAACUUCUCAAACGCAGCAUCUGCACGGAUGGUUCUUUUUAUAUGAAUAAAUAUGUGGAAAUCCCAUGUGAUUUUGAGGUGGUGAUUAAUUUAGAAGAAUGUGAAGGUUUAAGUUUGAAAAAACCAGUUAAAUUUUUAAAGAUUAAAACCCCAAAACACGGUAUAUAUAGCGUAAAUGUUAAACCUACGCACAAGACUUAUGAAUAUUCUGAAGAACAUAAAUCUAGCGCUAGUUCCAGCUCUCAUA